UGAUGACAUCUCUGAUGAGACUUGUUCAUGAAAUGUUUUCAUCUAACUCAUAAAAUAACAAAGCCAACACCUCUCGAAUGUAGUCAGCUCAUGCGGUCAGAUGCUUCGCUAAGAAUGAAUGUUUUUAUUGUAACCACUUUAGUAGCUCUGAUGUCGUCAUCCUGCUGGGUCUGUGACGCCAUACCCCCAACAAAGUAUUUCUACCAUGCCAAUAACAUUCCAUCCGAACUCUACGCUAACUACAUCUGCAGCAUCUUCGGACAGUCUCGACCUGACGGCUACACCGUGAAAAGCGAUACAGAAGGGGAAUCCAAUUACCGAGCGGUGUAUGAAUUUCUGAAUUCGUUCUCCAGCCCAGCUGUCCCUGUAUUAUUCGGCAGAAAGGACAGGUCUGUUCACGUGACCUUUAAACGAGAAUUCAUCAGCACACCCAUGACAAUGUUAGCCUCUGUCACUAAGUUAAAGCUGAAAAAUUCUCCUCAAGAAAACAUUGUCGAGCAACCGAAUCUGUUGACAAUAUAUGAAUGCCUUAAAAAUGCCCUAUGUUCAGGGUUAACUGCCAAGCAGUUGGAAGAUCUCCGACAGAUCCUUGAGCUAAGUCUAACAUCCUGCGACCUGAACCUUUUGGUUCAAAUUUUGUUCAGCUCUGCCGCGGACAAGGCAAUGGCGGCUAUAGACGUCAUAAAACCAUUUUUGAUCUACGAUGCUCAGCCGUCGUUGGAAGCUUUGUCUGAGAAUGACAAAAGAAAACUGUUCACUGCGAGCCUUGUCGCCACUAAUGGACAGUGUGGCUCUAGCCAGGGCCAGGCUAACCCCUGGAAGGUAGAGGACAUAGCUAGGGAUGUCUUUGCUCAGUUUCUCCCUCUGGAACUAACGAAGAAACAAAGAGAAAACGCAGAGACGGCGAUGAUUGUGUUGGGUAAAUCUAACUUGAGAAAACCUGACAUAGUCAAUAUAUUUAAACACUUUAUACAAGGUGAUUACUUCCCCUAUGAUGGUGUUGCAUGUCAAGCGCUACACAAUUUCCUGGACAGUUUAGAGAUUUGUUUAGCCAUGACACCUUCCAGCUUAAUUACAGUGAAACGAAAGUGUGAUUCAGAUUACAACAGGACACCGCUAUCAAGCCUGACUACCUCGACACAGGGCGCAACCAAAACGAGACCCGUCACUGUUACAUCAAUGAAAACUACAACAAGGCAAUCUAUAUUAGAAGCAAAUCAAAGAACUUCAAGAACUUGGCCUAGAAAGACAAAAGUACCGUUACCAAGAGGAAAACCACGGUCAGAAGCAUCACCAUCGAUACCCAAAGACUAUGAACCCAAAGACUAUGAAAUCACUCCGCCGGGACAAGAAAGCAGGUCCGCUAUGAAACCGCCUUCGAAGAAAAAGAAUUGGACGAUGAAUAAAGGUCAAAGGAGAAAGAACGACAAGUCGGUUGUAAGUUACGGACGGUUGGAGAUGAAAUCGAAAUAUCGAACUCAUCCUAAGAGUAAAGAUCACGAGACAAAUAAUAAAGUCAAUGUUAGAAAGACCGAAAAAAGUCUUCGGAAAAAACUUAGAAAAACGGAAAGAAAACAUAGAAGAAAGGAAAGAGUUCGAGCUAAAUCGUCGAAUGGCGUUACAAUUACGUCAUCACCGGAACUAACUUUCAGAAAUGGAGCAACCGCGUCGCCUACGUCUGCGCGCACAAUAAAAAAGACAACGUAUCAAGAGAAUAGGUAUAGGGGAAGAGGUCAAGGACGAAAGAGGGUUAAAGGUCAAAGAAAAACUGUAAAAAAGGGAGAACAAGCAAUUGAAAGCGUAAAUUACGGAAAUAUUAAAACAAAGCAUCAACAGAGUCAAUCAAAUAAAGAGAACUUAGCGGAAACAGCUACACCUCCCAUCACGAAGGCCCAAAAACACAAGCACGCGACAGCGAAAGAAACAACAGCCCAGACAACAUCUACACGAGUAAUUAGCAAGACGAACAAUGAUAUAUAUAAAAAGAAGGCGAAAGGUCAAAACCAGAAAAGGUUCAAAGGUCAAGUACAAAAAGAUUCUUCUAUGAAUCAAAACCAGACAGUCAAAAAGAUUUCCAACAAGGCAUCAAAAGGCCAAGGCAGGCUCAAAAAUCAAACACAAAAGAAUUUUCCCAAAAAUGAAAGAGAAGGCUAUAAAAAACAUGGAACAAAACAGAUUGAUUUAAAAAGUCAAAUUGAAAACGAAACAAAACUUCAAAAAGAAAACAAAAGAAAAGAGAAAUGGUACAAACCAAACGAGCAAGAAAAAAAUCCCAAGAAAUAUGGGAGAAAAAAUCCUUUCAAGAAACAAGGAGUCAGAACUUCGAAGGACGAAACAGCCAAAAGUUCUAAAAGUUUGUCCAAUAGUCCAACAAAAUCCACAUCCUUAACACUAACCACCAAGAGAGGAACUGUAGAACAAAAACCUUCAGAACGCCCCACACCCAGGUCAAACAAAAAGAUGUAUAAUAAAUGGGUCAAAGGUCAAAAGCAGAACGAUUACAAUAAUCAAAAGGAAAAGGGUAAAGGUCGACAUCAUACAAAAGGUCACGGGAAACAUUCAACAAAGCAGACGACUAAAAGUAAAGCUCCAACAUUUCCCAACACAUCGACGACUUCAUCACAAACCUCAAAAGCAACAAGAUUUACAUCAGCGGCUUUUAAAACAACCAAAGAUGCAACAACAGCAACAACAAAAAUACAUACCACCGCAGCGCCCAAAGUAAGCAGAACGACCAAGGAGCAUCAGAACAAGGAAUGGGGCAAAACAAAGGGAGAGUAUAAAAUAAAGUAUCAAGUAAAGAGCAAUCGAACAAGUUAUGAAAAGGAGAAACUAAUCGAUGAGAAAAGAAAACCAAAUAAAGUUACUGGGAAAACCAAACCAAACGGUAAGAAGAGGAGACUAAAGAUACAAAGGCACUCAGCGAAACCAGCAGACAUUUCGACAACAAAAUCAAGUGCCAUAACUUUUUCUAAAGGACCAGCAGAAGUGAGAAUAAAAAAUAGAACAAGCAAUAAAGUUGGUAGCAACAUUAUAUAUAGCCCAGGUGGAGGGGAAAGAAAAGGACAAGACACCAUUUCAAGGAAAGGUCAAGGUAAAUUUUCAAAGAAAGGUCAAGGUAAAUUUUCAAAGAAAGGUCAAGGCAAAAAUUUGAGGAAAGGUCAAAGGCAGAAAGAAGCCAAAGCUCAAGGAAAAUACUCCGCAAGCAUACCGGUAACAACCAAAUCAUUCAAAACAGACACUACGUCAUCAAAAACAAAUCCUAUGUUCAAAAAGACUUCAGCUCAAUCUAGUCCCAGAGCUCAAUCUAGUCCCAGAGAUCAAUCUAGUCCCAGAGCUCAAUCUAGUCCCAUAGCUAAAUCUAGAACUAAUUCAAGUGAGUCAAUUCUAGACUGGGUCAAAGAUCAUCUAGAAAAGAUAAUAUUUCAAAAACCGCCAGCAACUACAACGCUAAAAGCUCCAUCAACAUCAGCAGACCUAAGCAGUGAGAGUAAAAAACCUUUGAGUAGAACAAAGAUGAAAGAGUACAGAGAUAAGAAAGGAAAGGUUUAUAAGAAAGAGGAAAGAAAUAGGGACGAUGAAAAUAGAACAAAAACGGCAGCGUCAAUGACAUCAACAACAACGCUCGCGCCGAAGGCAACACGAACAUCAAAAGAACAAAGUAAGGCAACACGAACAUCAAAAGAACAGAGUAAGGCAACACGAACAUCAAAAGAACAGAGUAAGGCAACACGAACAUCAAAAGAACAAAGUAAGGCAACACGAACAUCAAAAGAACAGAGUAAGGCAACACGAACAUCAAAAGAACAGAGUAAGGCAACACGAACAUCAAAAGAACAAAGUAAGGCAACACGAACAUCAAAAGAACAGAGUAAGGCAACACGAACAUCAAAAGAACAGAGUAAGGCAACACGAACAUCAAAAGAACAAAGUAAGGCAACACGAACAUCAAAAGAACAGAGUAAGACAACACGAACAUCAAAAGAACAGAGUAAGGCAACAAAGGCGCUUAGUAAGAAUUGGGCUAAAGGCCAGGUAGAGAAUAAAAGAAAAAGUUAUGGCUAUAAUAAAUAUAAAACAAACAAUGAAAGAGAAAAAGCGUCAACAAGGCAAGCUCACUAUAAGACUCCAUCCAAAUCUAAAAAACAAAAAUUAGCAUCACCAGGGGUGACAACAAGUUUAACAACAACAUCAGAAGUUAAACUUGGAACAGAAAAACAACUUAAAACUAGAAUCGGGUCAAGGAAAAAUUACAAGAAAACUGUUAAAAGUAAAAGUGCCAGAAAAACUGAAAGAAUUGAUACUAAAAAGACACCUAUAACAUAUACAAAACAUUUGACAAUAACGCCGACGGCUUCAACCACAACGACAUCAGAAAUUAAACUUGGGAAAGAGAAAAAACUAAAAUAUAGAAUCGGGUCAAGGAAAGAUUACAAGAAAACUGGUAAAAGUAAAAGUGUCAGAAAAACUGAAAGAAUUGAAACUAAAAAGACACCCGUAGCAUAUACAAAACUUUUAACAAUAACACCGACGGCAUCAACCACAACGACAUCAGAAGUUAAACUUGGAACAGAAAAACAACUUAAAACUAUAAUCGGGUCAAGAAAAGAUUACAAAAGAACUGGUAAAGGUAAAAGUGUCAAAAAAACUGAAAGAAUUGAAACUAAAAAGACACCCGUAGCAUAUACAAAACAUUUAACAAUAAUGACGUUGGCAGCAACCACAACUAUAACCAAUACAAAACAGGUGUUAAAUAAUGCAUACCAGUCUAAUACAGAGUCAAAAGAACGUUUAAGGACGUCUAAAGGACGUUUCGGUGGAGAUAAAACUAAAGGUCACAAGAGAUUUCAUCCUAAAGGUCACAUCAAAACGAGUUCACCCUCAGUACCUCUAGCAACAACCACUCGUGCAACAGCUACCGCCGCGUCAAAUGAACGAAUCCAAAAUCAAGGCAGGAAGAAGGCGGCCAAAAAUUGGAGAAAAACGUCCGGAGCCAAUAAACCAAAACGUCCAGAGAAAGUUGCAAGACAAAGUCACGAGACGCAAAGAAAGACAACACAUUCAACACGGAAAAGUUCAUCAGUAAACUCAACCAGUCCUGAUACCAAACAACUAAAUCUACAAGGGGUUAAAUGGACACGAAAAAAGAGAGAGACAGCAGAGUUAGAGUUAAGCUAUAGUGAACCGGCGACUAAGUCCAGGGGUAAAAAUACAGGGAGAGGACAAACCAAACAAAGACCAACAGAAGAAAAUGAAAGUAGAGAAACAGGAGACUACGAACCAACAGCCCAGUGUGGCUUCAGUGAAACUUGCGUAAGUCCUUCAAGCUGGUGGGCAUCUGCGCUGUCUCUAGACGUCGGUGCCAACUGCGCGUGUCGGAAGCAUCCUUGGCUUGUGCGUCUAAUUGUUGACAAUAUUUAUGAAUGCACUGGGGCGAUACUAGAUGAUAGACACAUCCUUACAUCUGGGCAUUGUGUCAGCUCAGCCUAUACUAUAAUUGCCAUCGUUGGUGACUACGAUGCAAGUGUUGCCGAGGAAACGGAACAAUAUUUCCACAUAGAUAUAAUGAACGGAGUCUCUGUUCAUCCAAGUUUUGACUAUAUAGAACCAAAUAAUGAUAUCGCCAUGUUGACUUUAAGUUCGCCUAUUGAUCUGACAAAGCCUUGCGCUAGACCACUUUGUUUUGAUCCAAACUUCCAGCUCACUCCCGGACAACUUUGUAAAACAGCAGGAUGGGACCUGGACUUUGAAGGUGUGUCAACCCCCUAUAUCUUGAAGUCUGCUACUGUGGCUACCUACCUUGGAACUGAUUGCAACAGUUACGCCCCAAGUACAGUUCAUUUGACGAGCCCUACAAAACAGAUUUGUACCUUAAAGCCUGAAAACGGCAUUGAUAUUUGUAUAGUGGGUGGUGGCGGGCCUCUGUUCUGCCAGCAUGAUGAGACUAAGCAGUGGAGCUUGGUGGGCGUGAUGGCUUACAGCCAUACAUGUCUGGAGACCCGCAUGGCUAAUGUCUUCACCAACAGUUUAGUGUACGCUAGCUGGAUAGAACAUGAGAUGCAAAGAGAUCUAUAGAAAUUACAGUUGUAUAAGUCUCGUAUUGUUAAUGUCGUAGCUCAUUACAUUACUUCAUACAGAGUCAAGUCUACAGACCAUGUGUUCAGAUCAUGUGUUCAGACAAUGUGUUCAGACAAUUUGUUCAGACAAUGUGUUUUCUCUCAAUUAUUACUUUUACUCUUACAAUGAUAAUGUAACAAGCAAAAUAAAAAUAAAAAAAUACUUUUUAAAAAGAGCUUGUA